AUGGAGACAAGGGAGUUUAAACAAUUCUUAGUGGAUGCCAAAACAGAUGAGUUAAAGACAGUGGGAAGAAAAUACACAUGGACUAAUAACCAUGUGCAUAAUAGAAUAGAUAGAAUUCUGGUAAAUGCUGAAUGGAUACAAAAGUGGCCCAACAUGGAGGGGAUGUCUAUGAAUCCUGGAUUCUCUGAUCAUUGCCCUCUUCGUGUGAAGUUUGAUACAAGUAGCCAAGUUGGAGGGAAACCUUUCAAGUUCUUGAACUGCCUGGUAAACUUGAAGACCUUUGAAGGUAUAGUGCAGAGGGGUUGGGAGAGUGGAAAGAACAGACAAACAAUGUUGAUAGUUUGGAACAAACUUAAGAAGUUAAAAGGGUUACUGAAGCAGAUGAAUAAAGAGGAGUUCAGUGGCAUUGAUAGUAAAAUACAGGAUGCUAGAGAAAGAUUAGAAAGUAUACAGAACCAAAUGAGAUGUCCUGGCCAAAGAGAAAUGCAGAUUGAAUUGGAAAGAACUAGUAAAUUGGAGCUGGAGAAAUGGUUAAUGGUGGAGGAGAGUAUUAUGAAACAGAAGUCCAUAAUAUAG